GGGUAUUCCAAUGAAGCCGUGUUGUUUGUUCAAAUUACUGCUGGGGUCGAAGUGGUUGCUGUUUUUAUGGAAUUACUAUCUUCAGUAUCGACAGUAUAGAGUUCAUGCCUCAAACGAGAAGCGACCACAGCAUACAGAAGAUCUGAUAACUGAAGAGGAGUACACAAAAGCGCGGAAUUACAAACUAGAUAAGCAUUUGUUCUCCUUCGCUCACGAUCUUUUUGGUCAGUUGUGGACAACGGUAAUUCUUGUCGUUCAGUUGCUGCCUUGGUUAUGGCAUCUGUGCUCUUCCUAUCCGUUGCCAUCCAUACUGUUUCUAUCAGUGAACUGCAUCAUAGAUAUUAUUGUUGAUUUACCGUGGGACAUGUAUGAUACUUUUAUUAUUGAGGAGAAACAUGGGUUCAACAAACAAACAAUUGGUUUUUACAUCAUGGAUAAGCUCAAGAAAACAAUCAUUUCACUGGCUAUAAUGGCGCCUGUGGUCCUGGUUAUCGAAUGGCUUGUUGAUAGUGGAGGGCCAUACUUCUUCGUAUACGUCUGGAUGUUUGUGUCAGUAGUUUUACUUUUAUUAUUAACUAUCUAUCCUGCUUUUAUUGCUCCACUUUUCGAUAAGUACAUUCCACUUCCUGAGGGAGAACUCAAGGUUGCUAUAGAAAAGCUCGCAGCAUCGUUGAAAUUCCCUCUCACUAAGCUCUACGUAGUAUACGGUUCGAAACGCUCCGCCCAUAGCAAUGCGUAUAUGUAUGGUUUUUGGAAUAAUAAACGAAUCGUGCUAUAUGAUACCCUCUUAGCCGGUGAGGAGAGGGAGAAAGUUAUGAAGGAAUGUGCCGAAGCUGCUCAGGACAUAUCCGACACAGACAAGACACGAGGUAUGUCGAAUGAUGAAGUGGUGGCUGUUCUUGGACACGAACUGGGACACUGGGCUCUUUGGCACACGCUUAUCAACCUCAUAAUUGCUGAAUUUAACAUUUUCGUCAUGCUGUCCGUAUUUGCUUACUUCUAUCGAUGGGAUUUGUUAUAUGAGGCCUUUGGUUUCUCCACAACGCCAACAAUAAUCGGACUUAUUCUGGUGUUUCAGUACGUGUUGGGUUUAUACAAUGAGAUAACUGAAGUGCUGCUGUCGAUUCAUUCGAGACGUUGUGAAUUCGACGCAGAUAAGUUCGCCACUAAACUGGGAUAUGGAGACCGCCUUACCUCUGCGCUUACAAAACUGGGCAAGGUAUCAUUAUAUCAAAUUUUUAGGCCUCUGAAGAGAACAGACAACCUUGUCUUACCCAUCGACGACUAUCUCUUCUCCAUGUGUAACCAUUCUCAUCCUCCAAUUUUAGAAAGAAUAGAAGCAAUCAACAAGAUGAAAUAA